AUGUCUGAACUCCACAUCAUGUCAUGGCUUUUUUGUCCAUGUCUUUUUUCUGCAGUGGCUUUGGCAGUCCUGUAUCUCAAAAGGAAAAUGAAUGGAUUUCUGCCAGGCGACAGAUCUCCUCCCAGCCUCCCCUCGUUGCCUAUCAUUGGGAGUAUUCUCAGCCUCAUGAGUGACAGUCCACCUCACAUCUUCUUUCAGCAGCUACAAAAGAAAUACGGAGCUCUUUAUUCCCUCAUGAUGGGCUCCCACAAAGUCCUUAUUGUGAACAACCACCAUCAUGCAAAAGAGGUCCUUAUCAAAAAAGGGAAAAUAUUUGCAGGGAGGCCACGAACUGUUACAACAGACAUAUUGACUCGAGAUGGGAAAGAUAUAGCAUUUGCUGACUACAGUGCCACAUGGAAGUUCCAUCGGAAAAUUGUGCAUGGGGCUUUGUGCAUGUUUGGUGAAGGUUCAGUUUCUAUUGAGAAGAUAAUUUGCAAGGAGGCGAGCUCUAUGUGUGAUGUAUUGACUGAAACUCAGAACAGUGCAGUGGAUCUGGCCCCAGAGCUGACACGUGCGGUCACAAAUGUGGUGUGUGCCCUAUGUUUUAACUCCUCAUACAAACGUGGAGAUGCGGAGUUUGAGUCUAUGCUCCAAUACAGCCAGGGAAUCGUGGACACAGUAGCAAAGGACAGCUUGAUGGACAUUUUUCCAUGGCUGCAGAUCUUCCCAAAUAAAGAUCUCAGAAUUUUAAGACAGUGUGUUGCCAUCAGAGACAAACUGCUUCAAAAGAAAUAUGAAGAGCACAAGGUGGAUUACAGUGAUAAUAUCCAGCGGGACCUGCUCGAUGCAUUGCUGAGCGCCAGACGCAGUUCAGAGAAUAACAACAGCACUCAGGAUGUUGGUUUAACUGAAGAUCACCUGCUAAUGACUGUGGGGGACAUUUUCGGAGCAGGGGUAGAAACCACUACCACUGUAUUAAAAUGGUCAAUUGCUUACCUGGUACAUAAUCCACAGGUGCAGAAAAAGAUUCAGGAGGAGUUGGAAAAUAAGAUUGGAACAGACAGACACCCUCAGCUCAAUGAAAGAGGAAUUUUGCCUUAUCUAGAGGCCACUAUUAGGGAAGUGCUGCGAAUUCGAAACGUCUCCCCACUCCUCAUCCCUCAUGUGGCACUCCAAGAUACCAGUGUGGGAGAGUACACUGUGCAGAAAGGGACACGAGUUAUUAUUAACCUGUGGUCUUUACAUCAUGAUGAGAAAGAAUGGAAGAAUCCUGAGCUGUUUGAACCAGGACGAUUUCUAAACGAGGCAGGGGAUGGUUUGUGCUGCCCAUCAGCCAGCUACCUGCCAUUCGGCGCAGGGGUGCGUGUUUGUCUUGGCGAGGCCCUGGCAAAAAUGGAGCUCUUUCUCUUCCUGUCAUGGAUUUUGCAAAGGUUCACACUUGAGAUGCCUGCUGGCCAGCCUCUGCCUGACUUGCAGGGAAAGUUUGGUGUGGUUCUUCAACCGAAGAAAUUUCAAGUCAUUGCUAGACUCAGAGAAGAGACCAAGCAUUGCUGAGUAACUGUAUUUUCUGUCAUUUCUUCUCUUAAGACAUUUGUGAAUAUUUUUAUUUUAAAGCCCUUCUUUCCAGAAAAAAUAAAUACAACUCUGUAUCUCAAAUCAAACAUGAAUAAAAUGAA